CCAAUCAAACAUCAGCCAGAGUGUAAUUAACUUUUUUCUUAAUUUUUUUUUGCUUUUUUCUCUUUAUGUCCAAUUAUUUAGAGUUUAAGAAGUUUCUGCAGAGAAAGUCGAACUCCAUGUACAACUUUGAGCAGCCCGUCAUCAUGAAGGCCUUCGAGCACCUGCAGCAGCUGGAGCUGAUCCGGCCGGUCGACAGCGUUGCGUCCAAAACUCAGAGGGAGUACCAGCUGAUGAGACUCAUGCUGGACAACAGCCAGAUCAUGGAGGCGCUGCAGAAGUACCCACAAUGCCCCACUGACGUCAAGCAGUGGGCCAUGUCGGCGUUUGGAUAAAACUCUGCAUGCAUUUGGACUUCUGUUUGUUGCGUUUUCUGCCAAAAAAUCGGCAACAAAAAGAGAAAAUUUGGGAAAAUAUGACGGAAGAGAGACGUUUCUGAGGUUUAACUGAGGAUUAAAUUUAAAAUUACGUUACGUGAAACAACAUCGAUCUACACCAGCAGCGCCUAUGUUUCAUGUUGAAAUUAUUUUUCAGGAUAUUAAAUGUGCUCUGGAGCUGAGUUUUCUAAAUAAAGAUUAAGAAUUAAGAUUGAGCAAAACAAAACAUCUGUUAUAUAAUUCAGGAUUUUGGCCGUAACCCUCUGAAACCUGGAUCGACAUCAGUUUUCUUGUGCUGCAUUCGGACGCCUUUAUGAAGUCUUUAAUACUUUUAACCCUGAGCAAAUCUGUUUGAUUUCUUUUUUUAAGAAAAAAAAGAGUAACUUGGUGAGACAGGUCCCACAAAGUGCAAUAAUUAAUUUCUUUUUAAAAAG